AAGACCUGCGUGUUAACGUUUCGGCUUGAAGACGCGAGAGACCCCUGCGGUGCUCGGGUUUGAACGUUACUCCUCUAACUGACAGCCAUUACAAUGAGAGAACCAUACAACUAAAUACACCGUCAAUAUAAACCCCGACGGAAACAUUUUUAACCAAACAAGAGCGACCCCCACCCCUCAAGAAACCAGGGUCAAAGUUCACAGGAAGCUGGGGGGCUGCCAUUUUUUCCCCUGCUACUGCUAACGUUUAACGGUAGAUGCUAAAGCGACGGGGAGGGGCGGUUGGUUUUGGAUUCUGUAGCUAGCUGGCAUCAACUGAUCGAACUCGUUCCACGAAAACUGUAAUUUCUCCGACCGUUGUCCCUAACAACCAUUGGUAUUGGAUGCAUUCGGCAUGGAGAAGGUAGCGGAGCCGUCUUGGACUUCUUCGUACACCUAUCAGGUGAGCAAGCACAGUGCGGAGAUGCUACACAACCUCAACAUUCAGAGGAAAGAUGGAGGCAGGUUCUGCGAUGUGAUCUUACGCGUCGGCGAGGAGAGCUUCCCCGCACACAAAGCUGUGUUGGCCGCGUGCAGCGAGUAUUUUGAGUCGGUCUUCAGUCGCCAGGCGGAAGCCGACGGGGACACCAAGGAGCUGGAGAUGCACACCAUCAGCCCCAAAGUUUUUAAAGACGUUUUGGACUUCGCCUACACCUCCAGGAUUGUGGUGCGUCUGGAGUGCUUCCCGGAGUUGAUGACAGCUGCUAAGUUUCUGCUGAUGCGGUCCGUCAUAGAGAUUUGUCAGGAGGUAAUCAAACAGUCAAACGUGCAGAUCCUCGUCCCAACCUUACGGGGAGGAGACGCCAGCCUCUUCCAGGCCACGGGGAACCCGGAGCUGGGUUUCCCGGUGGCGCAGCAGGAGCUCGUUAACGGAACGGGAAUGCUGGUGAACGGCCAAAGCUUCGCUAACAAUGCACAGAUGCAUGUGGACGGGAGUGGAAACACCACCGUCGUGUUGUUGGGGGACAGCGGGGAGUCGUCAAUGCCGAUAUUGGAGCCCGUCGAAGGACUGUCCGCUUCCCCAACAACGGAAAUGCUGGGCAACACGUUUCAGCACGACGCUGGCUCCCCAGGGUCGAAACGGAGCCGGGGGAGACCAAAGAAAGCUGGUGGGGUCGUGGAGCCUGUGCACUUUAAUAACAGCAGCCAGAGAGACAUUGUGCUGUUUCCUUGCGGGACUUGCGGGAAAGCUUUUACGGAGGCUUCCCGGUUGAAGAACCACGAAGCGCAACACGGGGCCCACACCGGCGAUGUAAACAACCUCGGUGACAGCCUGUCAACAACGGGCAUUUCUUUAAUGUCUCAGUCUGGUCUGGUGGAAAACGGUGUGCAGUUACACGGAGGGCUAUCGCUGGAUAAUGGCCGCAAGCGGGAAAGGACCAGGCGGCACGUCGGCUGUGACAUUUGCGGUAAAGUUUUCCGCGACGUGUACCAUCUGAACCGACACAAGCUCUCGCAUUCUGGGGAGAAGCCGUACGCAUGCCAUGUGUGCGGGCUCCGGUUCAAACGCAAGGACAGGAUGUCGUACCAUGUGCGGUCCCAUGACGGGUCAGUCGGCAAACCGUACGUGUGCCAAAGCUGUGGUAAAGGUUUUUCAAGACCGGACCAUCUGAAUGGACAUAUCAAACAGGUUCACACGACAGAGAGACCCCACAAGUGCCAGAUUUGUAAUGCCUCUUUUGCUACAAGAGAUCGCCUCCGUUCACACCUUGCAUGCCAUGAAGACAAGAUCCCCUGCAAAGUUUGUGGCAAGUUUCUGCGAGCUGCCUACAUGACUGACCAUCUCAAGAAACACAGUGAAGGGACGCAUAACUACUGUGGCAUUUGCAACAAAGGUUUCUCCACUGCGUCCUACCUUAAGGUGCAUAUAAAGACACACCAUGGCUCUCCACUGCCCCCCUCUGCCACAAUGCACACCUUUCCUGAGCCAAGGGGGGAGCUGCAGAUGCACAACGGCACCCCUUACCACAUAGGACGCCAGUGCUCAGUGGAAGACCUGUGCGCCAGUCGCCAGCUGCUUCUCACCUCGUCUGAGGCACAGGGUCGCUUUCAUGGGCUCUCUGGACUCCCAGUUCUUCCCCAGCCUGGCCCUCCAGCCUUGGGCCUGCAGCCUGAGCUGCUCAUGGGGAAGGCAGGUGGGGCUCCAUAUUUCUGGGAUUGUCGCUCUGGCGGGGUGCCUGGCUUCCCCGUCCAUGGGCCUGCUGCAGACGGGCAGGAAAACACUGGGAAAUGUCCUCACCUGGAAUCAGAAGAAUCAGAUCCUUCCUUUGGGGAAUUGUCCAACAGUGACGAGCUUAAAUCUCCACACAAACCUGACGGGUCAGAGCUCGAGAUGCCCUCUUUAGCCUGCAAUGGAGCCUCUGCGGAGGCCUUGGGCUCCCCAGAGGGAUCUAAAGCCAAGAUGGAUCCUGAGAAGAAGUUUAACUGUGGCAUCUGCGGUCAGGCCUUUCGCACCAAGUCCUACCUCAACAAGCACCAGCACAGAGUUCACAAAGCCCAGAAGGCCCAGGGGGUUUCAGGGUCGGGCUUAAAUGAGCUUUCCCCCUCCUUAACCUCUCCCUUCUCCCCUCAACAAAACAUGUCCCUUCUCGAGUCUUUUGGCUUUCAGAUAGUCCAGUCUGCUUUUGCCUCUUCACUGGUGGAUCCUGAGGCUGGUCAAAGUGGAAUAGACUUCGGAGGGAAGUGACAUAUUUGCUAAAGUUCUAGCAAAUCCUCUAAUUCUUAGGACAAAGCUGGGUCGCCCACAGACGAUGCUCUGUAUUUGGGAAUCACUUUGCCUCGAGGCUACUUUUUCUGUUUGUUACGUGACUUAUUGUGUAUCCAAUAUUUUUGUCACAGACUGCCAUACGAUUCCUACUUUUUCUACUUUUUCAGAGCCUAAAAAUUGGGUGCACAGUGUUUCAAUUUGUUUUCUAAAGAAACAAAAAUUAAGGUUUUAUUUCCUUUAUCUGAUGUGGAUCUGUUGAAGUUAUGUUUGGUAUUCUUUCAUUGUUUUUUGGCUUGUGUGUGUUUUUGAGCUUUCUUAGCUGCACAAACAUUUCUUCACAUGAGAUGAAUUGUUUACAGCAGCCUUUAAUUACUUAUUGUCUGUUCGCCCCACUUUAACUGCUCUGAUGUAACUAGUAAAUCAACCCUUGGCCGUUUCAAUGAAUUUAAUGCUUCAUAAUCCUCCUUCCCUUAUAAAACAGAUGUCUUUAACGCAGAGCAACAAGAGGGCUGAUUUCUGUAUUCAUGUUUUUACGAUAGAUUUUGCUUUGGCCUUUUUAAUUUUGAAGUUUUCUGAGAAACAUUCCUAACAGGCCCAUGGCAUAUUUCUUUACACAUUUAUUGAAAACUAUUUUCUAUCAGUUUGCUGGCCUCUGAGUAGCACUGAUAACUGUCAAGGACCUUAAUGAAUAACUAUUGUCAGAAUUACAGUUAAAAAGCACUUUAAAAAAAUGUUUUGAUACAACUUUACGUUUACAGCAUAUAUACAAAAUGUAUGGCACCAUAAAAUCUGGCAAGAAAAUGAUUUCAACUUCAACAAAAAAAUGAUUAUGCUAUAUCACUGAAGAAAAUAACACUAUAGUGCGUAGUGAAUCGAUGCUAAAUUGGUUAUUAUGCCAACUUCAUUAGAUUUAAAUAUACAAAUGAAAAGCAACCACUCUUCCUGUAAGUAAUUAGAAAUGACUAUAACAUGGAAAAAGGAACUGUGUUUAAAGCUCCAUUAGCACCACAAUGUUCUUAUUUUUAGUUUGUUUUCCAGAUCCACAGCAUUUAUUUUGUAUUUGAACAAAGAGGAGUGUUGGCAUUCAGCAUUUUCCUGAGCGGUUGUGAAUCUUAAAUCAGGCAGCAGAGUUGGUACACUGACGUAAUAGCUGGAGGGAUUUAUGUUCAAAAUGAAGACAAUCUACUUACAGCUCAUUAGAGAUGGGAAAAGUUCUGAAUAAUGUUUUCAAUUGAUUAUUUGUAAACUAUUUAUACAAAAAAAGCAGUAAAGAGGGGAAAGCCAUUAUAACUCGAAUAGUGUGUGCAGGAAUACUUUAGAAAAUAAACUUUUCCAGGAUAAUAUUCUUUUAGCCUUGAAACAUGCCUUGAGCUCGUUAGGAAUGAGACCCCUCCCCUCCCCCUCACACACAAUGACAAUGUUUCCACGCCUUGUUUGUUUGGUGUUAAAUCAGCUGCGUACAUUUAACAGGGACCAAGGUAAGGUAUAUUUUCAGUAUAUAUUUUAAGAAAUGUAGAUUAUAUUUUAUUAACUUAUUCAUGCCCUCAGUUUUGUGUACUUUUUAAAAAGAAUUGUCAAACAAAAGAAUCUAGUGACUUCUCGUUUUUGAAAAUUUUUCACUCUGUUAAAUGGAAAUUAGUGGUUAUGUGCGUGUUGUGCAAAAAGUUAGGGGGUUUUGAAGAAGGGGUCACACCCUGAUCACCAGCCUCUGGACCUACCAAAAGUAAUGCUACUUUUACAGAGUUAUUAAGCUCACUUUAUUUCUGCAGUGUUUUUUUCCUCUUCAUCACCUGCACUUCUUGUAUUGCUCACCAGCCUCCUGUCAGAUGUGCUUGUGCUGAUAGUAGAUGACAUGUCUUGUGUUUGCACUAAUGGUCGCGAGGUUGUCAUAAACUAUCCAUCCGAUGAGUGUCUUGCAGUGAAAAUGUGUUUAUCCAAAAUGUUGAACCAAGACAUUCCUGUGAUGACGACAGGCUAAAUGAAGGGCUCCUCAAAUCCGUACUCAACUGGGGCUUCUCAUCCACUUUUCUGCAUUGCUUUGCUUCAUUUGAAAUCUUGCUCCACUUUCACGCCGCUGAAUUAGUUUUGCAUCUUGAAAUAGUAAACAGGAUGUCACCGAUUUUAGGAAAUAAAAUAUGUGUGAAGAUCAAUUCUCUGUCAGUUAAGAUUAAUUUGACUUUGGUUAAAACAAUUAAAAAGUCAAACAGACCAUUUUCACAAUCAAGACAUACUUCCCCUUAUUCUUGUAUAUGCUGAAACACAAAAUAAGCAAUAACUGUUAGAAAAUUGUCUUGUGAGAAGAUAAAUUAAAAUGUAAUCAUCUUGUAUCACAUUAACCUCACACAUCAGUUGAUUAACAUGUUUUUCAUAGGUUGGUGUUUUUUUUUCUUGUUUUGUAAAACCUUUUAUCAUGAUGCAAAUCAAUCCCAGUCCAGCAGUGAAUGGACUAGUACUGUGGGUGUGUGUGUGUGUGUGUAUGUAUGUGUGGUGAUGGUCUCUAAAAAGAGAGUGUAUAUGUGUGCCGCCUGUGUGUCUGUUUCUUUGUUUUUGACCUGUGUUUCCUGCUUUCUGUUUAAUUAUUAUUUGUGUGUAAUUUAGGCUGUUAAAUUCAGUACAUUCCUGUAUUAUUUAUGGUUAUGUUGUGAUUGUAACAAGUGUAUAUACCAUUCAUAUACACAUUCUAUAAAUAUAUAUAUAUAAAUAUAUAUGAACCAACCAAUAUGAUCAGUGUUUGUUAAGGGUGGUCCUGUACAUAUAUAGAUUUUUUUUUUUUCCUUGUCUAUCAUAUGGAGGGAUGUUAAGUUAUGGCCAUUUGAUUGAAAGUGUAAACUGGAUGUUCUGGCCUGCGAGCUGAGCUGGGGGCUGAAUGUCGAUCACUGGUUGGUGGCAGUAAUGGUUUCACUGUUCACCGUACUGCAAGUUGCAGUUGCAAAACCCACGUCUUGACCAAAUUUUCUUUCUCCUUUUUGGAUCCACUCUGCACUAGUAUUUACUCCUUAAAAGUGAUAAGGGUUGGGUUUUUUUGUUAUUGUUUAUUUGAAAACAAGUGGAAGAUGCUGUAAGGAAAUAAUGUUCCUUUGUUUGUGUUCUUCACCGAGGUGUAUGAUUUUGUUUCACUCAUGUUGGUACUCGAGUGUAAAAGGUGUUUUCCGUUGAGUAUUUAGGCCUAACUGUGUUUGCUUUCUGCUUUUGGUCCGUUGCAAAGUGCCUUCCAAAUACUGAUUGUGCACAGCAGUGGAUUAAAAAAGGUCCUCUUUUCUAAAGGUUAAGAAUUGUACAGAGUGACUUGCAUUGACACUUUUGUAUAAAAACACACAGAAAAUGUACAAUAUGUUAACUUGGUAUUUUAUCAUCGUACUCAACAAGAUUGCGCUUAAGAAAUAUGAUCUACAUGUUUUGUUAUAACGUCCUUGGACAUAUUUCAAUAUAAGCAUACUUUUCUAUAGA